AAACAAGGUUAAUUUGAUAUUACAGUGUAUUGUCUGAUUAUAAUCAGAAUAAAGCGACUCUUACAUUAGACAGUAGCUUCAUAAUGAGCUGUAUAAGAUAAUAAUCCAGGCUUUGUGUGUGUGAGAUGCUGAAAUUGUUUCAGCUGGUUGGUGUGUGUACAGGACAGCGUGUAAGAGCUUCUCUUCAACCCAGUGGUUGGUGCAGGCUUGAAAGGUUUUGUGUGCAGGCCAGAAUGAUGGCUGAACAACAGAGUCAGAAUCACAGCCAGGCACCAUCGGUGCUGAAACGAGCUUCAGAAAGCACUGAGACUGAGAACGAGGUGAAGAAACUGAAAACGGAGGAUCAGAAGGCGGAUGAAGAAAAGAGAUAUCCCAAGAGAAAAGUUGUUCUCCUCAUGGCAUAUUCAGGAAAAGGUUAUUAUGGAAUGCAGAGGAAUCCUGGAAAUUCCCAGUUCAAAACCAUUGAGGAUGAACUCGUCACUGCUCUUAUUAAAGCUGGGUGCAUCCCUGAAAACCACGGAGACGAUAUGAAAAAAAUGUCUUUCCAGAGAUGUGCAAGGACUGACAAGGGGGUUUCAGCAGCAGGCCAGGUUGUUUCUUUAAAGCUGUGGUUAAUUGAGGACAUUCUGGAAAAGAUCAACUCCAAUCUACCUCCACAGAUAAGAAUUUUAGGUCUGAAGAGAGUCACAGGUGGCUUCAACUCCAAAAACAACUGUGAUGCCCGGACGUACUCCUACAUGCUUCCCACUGUGGCUUUCUCUCCAAAGGACAGCGACCAAAAGGACACGUCAUUCCGUCUGUGCGCAGAGACGCUUCAGAAAGUAAACAAGCUUUUCGAUCUCUACAAAGGCACCCACAACUUCCACAACUUCACGUCGCAAAAGGGCCCGCGGGACCCGAGCGCCAAGCGCUACAUCACGCACAUGUCCUGCGGGGAGCCGUUCAUUAGACAGGGGGCUGAAUUCACUGUGAUCACGGUGCGAGGCCAAAGCUUUAUGAUGCACCAGAUCCGAAAGAUGAUCGGCCUGGUGAUUGCUGUGGUUAAGGGGUAUGCGCAGGAGGAGGUCAUUGAAAGAAGUUGGGGGGAAGAAAAGGUGGAUGUCCCAAAAGCUCCUGGGCUGGGCCUGGUGCUGGAGAGGGUUCACUUCGAUAGGUACAACAAGAGGUUUGGGGGAGAUGGGCUUCACGAGACGUUGGAGUGGAACCAAGAGGAGAAAGCCAUCUCUGACUUUAAAGAAAUGCAUAUUUACCCGAGUAUAGUGGAGACGGAGUCCCAGGAAAAGUCAAUGGUGAGCUGGAUGAGCACUUUGCCCAUUCAUGACUUUGAGGCCACUGCGUCAGGCAAACAGCAACGCAAGGAUGAAGAUGAAGACGGAAAUGCUUCUGACUAAGUCACUUCAAAGCACCUCUACCCCACAUCAAUAUAUCUUUCUUUCAUACAACAUAUACUUUAAAAAUAAACUUUUUAUUUUACUGCU